UAACAAAAAGGCCCCUCUCUCUCUCCUCUCUCUCUCUACCCUCUCUCUCAGCUUAAUUCCACAGCUCCUUCAAACCCUAACGCCGAGACCAGUAGCUAUCAACGACGUUGAUUCUCCGAGCAAUUCCGGAACGUCGUCGGCGAACAAUCUCCGUCGCGGAUUUAUUAGUCUUCAUUGAAGAUCUCUCCCUCCGUCACUAAUUUGUGUUUUCUUCGCUCCAGUUUCUUCCCCAAAUGUUCCAUCCAUUGCUUUUGAUUUAGGUUUUCGUCGUCGUGUUAGCCUGAAUCCGAUUUGUUGGUCUGUGAAGAAGAGCGAACAGAGUCAUCGAUUGUUCCCGGAGAUUAACCUAGUUUUGUAUGAAGAGAUAAGAAGCUCUGCAUUAGUGAAGUUUAUUUAUGGAACUUCCUGUUUCCUCUCAAAAGCAAAGUGUGUUAUCUCCACCCGAGUGUAUGAGUGAUCCUGAGGAGGAGCAUGAGAUCAGCGAGGAGGAGGAUGAUGAUCGCAACCAUAAGCACCGUAGGAAAGAAGAGACAAGGUCUCAAUCCUUGGAACAAGGUUCUUCAGAUCAGGGUUUCUCACGGCCGUACAGGAAAAAUUAUAGACAUUAUGAAAAUGGCAAUUCGUUUAGUGAACAAGAUAAGCGGUCUUUUGGGGCAGGAUCAGGGCAACGUGUACAGUUUGAUAAUCAAAGAAUGAGGUCGAACCAAAUGUUUUCAAGGGACUCUGGUCCUGGUAGAGGUAGAGGAAACUAUGGUUCUUGGGCUCAGCGUGAUUCCAGGUUUAACCCUGUUGAUCUCUCAUCGCAUAUGGUUCAAGUCGGGUCUAUGGCCCCCAAUAUGUUUGGAGGAAGGGGACUAGCUGGUGUUUCAGCUGCUCAAGGUGCACCAUGGCCUGCUUUUGGAAUGAUUCCUGGAGUUCCAAAUGGUGGCUUGGAUGCUUUUCAUCACUUACAAGGUUCCCUAAGACCUCCCUUAAAUGCUCCACUCAACAUGGGUAUUCCUCGGCAGCGAUGCAGAGACUUUGAGGAACGUGGUUUCUGCCUCAGAGGGGACAUGUGUCCAAUGGAGCAUGGGAUAAAUCGUAUUGUUGUUGAUGAUGUUCAGAGUCUAUCACAGUUUAACCUGCCUGUUUCAGUCCCUGCUGCUCCUCAUCUGGCAGCUUCUUCUAAACCGGUACCUGCUCAGUUUGGGGCUGCCAGUUUCAUGAAUCCCAAAGGAGCUCAUGGGAGAAUUAAUGAGGGUGGAUUGACUGUUGAUAAUUUGGCUUUUGGGGAUGUAUAUCCUAGUGGUGGUGGAACUGACUUUUACGAUCCUGAUCAACCUUUAUGGAAUAACAGUGCUGGUGAAACUUCAGGUGCAAUAUCUACACAAAACUCUCAUGGGAUUGAUGAGAAUCUAGCUCCGCUGGAUGACAAUAACCAAGAUGGCACUGAAAAUGGAUGUGGUAUUCGAGACUCUAGAAGCAUAAGUCAGUCAGUUUGGGGAAGAAUGCGUGGUUCUAAUAGUCAAGCAAAUUCCAAAGAGAAAGUUGAUGCAGUAUUAAAUUCAUCUGCUGGUCUUGAAGAUCAAUUAAAGGAGGUCUCAGUUAAUAUAUCCCGACAUGGUAAACAAAAUUAUGUUGGUGAAAGUGUCACAAAAGUUGUGGAUUCAUCAAAUACUUCAAAUGAUGCGAUGAACAAUACUAGGAAAUCAACUCAAAAGGCAAUGCGGACUUUAUUUGUGAAUAAUGUUCCCCACGAGAGCAACAGAAGGGACCUCAUUCUUUCCCAUUUUCAGAAGUUUGGUAAAGUUAUUGACAUUCACAUCCCAUUAAAUACUGAGCGAGCAUUUGUACAAUUCUCAAAACGUGAAGAAGCUGAAUCUGCUCUCAGGGCACCUGAUGCUGUGAUGGGUAACCGCUUUAUCAAACUUUGGUGGGCAAAUAGAGAUAGUAUACCUGAUAAUGGCCUGUCCACUGGCAAUGGUGCUUCUAUGAAGGGUCGUGGUAUGGCUGCUUCUGGAGGGCAGAACCAACUUCCAAUUGCUGCAGCAUCGAAAAGCAACCAUGUCAAUUCUAUGGCAAAGGGUCCUGCCUUUCACACUGGUGGAGUUCCAUCCUCGGAACAGUCUAAGCCUGUGGUGGCUACUAAUGGUCCCAAGGUUACGCUGCUUCAGCAGAAAAAAGCAGCCACUCUUGAGCAGUUGAAGGAGACACUUCGGAUAAAACAGGAAAUGCUGGAUCAGAAGCGUAAUGAGUAUCGCAAAAAAUUGGCCACCUUUGAAAAACAAGGUACGGUUGUCAAAGGUGAGGAAGCAGAUGAACCAGAUGCUAAGCGCGUUAAAGUAGACACAGCCUCUGAUUCUGGUGCUGCAAUUGCAUCACCAAAAACAGAGUCAUCUACAGAUAAGAGAGUGCCUAUCCAGAAACCACUUUCCACUUGCAAACUAAGCACAGAAUCUUCAUCGCCCGAUUCAAAAAACCUGAAGCAAAGACCUUAUUCUUUUACGACAAGUUUGAACGCUCCUAUGGCAAAUAGGUAUAAGUUGGAUAACCGCACCACGACCAUCAAAGUGGUACCUCCUUUGCCAACUGGGUUAGCCGAUGUUGCUGUCUUAAAGGAACAUUUUUCUUCUUAUGGCGAAGUCUCAAAAGUGGAACUGGAAGACAAUGCAUCGAUUGAUAAGGGCAAGGACCAUGAAACACAUAACGAAAACCGUGCAGCUUGUGUCACAUUUGUGAAACGCAACGCAGCCGAGAAAGCAUUAGCUAAUGCAAAGUGUUGGCAAGAACACAUGUUGCAGCUUGUUUGGGUAACACGUCAAAGCAAUCGAGAAAGCAAUAAUAACAACAACAACAACAACAACAACAAUAGUAAUAGUGUCUCUGUUUCACGUGACCUCCAUAGCAGCAAAGACAAGUGCGCUUCUGUCUCUAAUGACCCAAAACCAGCAGAUGAAGUCAAGGCCUCCUCUACGGAAGAACCAGAAAAGACAAGUGUUUCUGGGGACAACGACAGUACUUUGGAUAAACAAGAGACCAAAGAAAGCAACAACGAUAACAAUAAAAGUAACCACGAGUCCAUCGAAGGAGCUUCUUCUGAGGUGAUUGCAUCUACAGGAACUGAUUUAGAUCAGUCUGAACAAAUUCGUGAGUGAGGUAAACCCUUUUUGUCUCAGAAACAUAUCUUUUGAUCUUGGGAUCUCGUAUUAGUGAUCUUUUUCUCCGUUUUGGGCUAUUUUUAGCCAAAUUCGUGAGACGUUAAUAUUUGUUGGUAGCAAAAGAUAUAUAUAUAUCUAAAGUAAUUUUAUUUUUUCCUUUGUUUUUUCGAAAAUAGAAUGUGAAAAAAGAAAAGAAAGAAAAGAGAAGACAGAAAAAAAAAAGUGUAUUGUUACAUUUGGCCUUCCAAGAACAUUUGGUUGGGUCUUUGUAUCAGAUCAGAUCUAUGUUUUGUUUUCCCUUUGUUCCCAGUUAUUUAGCUCUGUUAUAACAAUUUCGAUUCUGUUGUAUAUAGUUUUUUUGAACAUUUUGAUUCCUUAGUCAUUUCAAUCUAAUGGAGGAGAAAUUUGGUGCGCAA